ACCAAAAGACCACACAGAAUUCUGGGAUUUGGUUCAACAAAUGGUUGUGACCAAGAGCAAGGAGGAAUGCCGUGAGCAACAUCAAACAGACCUUGCAGGAGGUGGAAACACUUACCCUAAAAAACAAGAGGUCAACUCACCGGAAGAUAACAUGAGAAAGCCGUUUGUCCAAGUACAUGAGAUAUCUAGCUAUAAAAGUAACAAACGGAGAGGAACAAAAUACAAAGAUAAUGGUACUGAAUCCAGUCGUAAAAAGAGUCGGAUAACUUGCAAAGGUGAUGAGGGUAUGCAUUUUUACACACAUACCAAUGAAGUCCAAUACGAUUGUGACAUUUGUGGUAGGAACUUCAAUGACAACAAGUAUUUGCGAAAACACGUUCGUCGACAUAAAAGGGAGAAAAAUUGUAAAUGCCAAAGGUGUGGCAAAGUCUUCAAAACCAACAGUGACAUGAGGACGCACUUACGUAUACAUACAGGCCAACAACUUCACGGGUGUAAUAUCUGUGGUAAAAGGUUCAAUGUAAAAAUGGAUCUGCAGAGACAUUAUUGCGUACACACAGGAGAGAAACCCUUUACGUGUGAAAUUUGUGGUAAAGGGUUUCGGGACAAGCGUGACGUGAAAAAACAUCUUACCACACAUUUUGGAGUUGAAAAGUACACAUGUGAUAUAUGUGGGAAGUCCUUCAGUAGAAAGUUCACGUUAGGAGUACAUACUCGGAUCCAUUCUGGAAUUAAACCUUACGAUUGUGACGUGUGUAAUAAAAGGUUUAGUUACAAGGGAGACAAGCAGAAACAUAUUAAGAUACACACCGGGGUAAAACCUUAUAAGUGUGAUUCGUGUGGGAAAGUGUACAGCAGAAAAGAUAGCUUGAACGUCCAUAUCCGAAUACAUACAUUAGAAAAACCCUACAAUUGUGGAGUGUGUGGAAAAUCGUUCAUUUACAGAAACAGCUUCCGAAGACAUCUCUAUACACACAAAGAAGGCAACAAAAUGUAAAUGUGAUAAAUAUGUCAGUGGCAUGCAACAUCUGCAAAAGAACUGAAUGCAUUCUGAACGAAAUAAACAAAAAAUUCAAUUUCAACCAAUACACAACAAAUUUGACGAAAUAGGACAAUAUCUAAAUUUCGGUUAGUCAGAUAUUUGGUUUCCAUGGUGACGGAGUGAGAAAAACAAAAAGGCCAAUGGGCCUUAUCGAUCACUUGAGUUCUGAUAUCUAUUUUUGCUUUUAAACUUAGGUUUAACAUAUUUACCACCUGCAACCAUGAAAAAAGACCAAGGUAAUUCAUUUGAAGGGUGACCUGAAUAGCAGAUCACUUGUAAGACUCAUUUAAAUAGAAAUUCCAGUGAUAACUGUGGCGGGAACUGAAUAGAUAUUCUUCAUUGUAGGUUCCCGUUGAUCCCUAGCUGUGCCAAUUCAAUUAAGAUUUUUGAUCUGAAAACAAAAUGACCGAUAGGUAUCUAAGCCAUGGCAUAUUAUAUUACUAUUACAAUAUAUCAUACACCCUUUAUACAUUAAUUUUUGUUGCAAAAAUGCACAAGUAUACAUAUCAAAUGUCGCAAAAGAUCCCUCCGUUGUCAGAGGUCACAUGUGACAUCAGUUAAGUAUGUUGUAUAGUUUUGAAGUAUAAACAAUUUGCUUGCUUGAUUGUAAUUUUUCUGACAAUUUAUAAUAUAAUCUUAUAUUAUGCAUGUUUUUAUUUUCUCUUAGAGUAUCGACAGGCACGACCUGUGCAUACAUGUACAUGCGCAUGGACUUUUGGUCAAUGCCUGCCAAUAACUGAAUCUUGUAGAUAUAUUUGAUAUCAUAAAUAUUUUAUGACCAAAUACUAUGAAUACAUGUAUAUGCAAUCACAAUCUAACUAAAAUCUAGAUGCUUAUUCACACUACGUUAAAUUAACGUUCAUGUAACGGAGUGAGAAUGACCAUCAAGAUUUUAAUUAGAUUGAUCUCAUCAACAUGUAUGAUGUUUGAAUGUUUAAGUUUGAGUUACCUCCCUUAAAUGUUUGUUAUACAUGGAAUUUGUCAUUUCAAAGUAAAUUUAUAUGUUUAUUAUUUAUAUUUAUACGAUCUGAAUACUUCCUAUGGCUUUAAUUUAUAU